AUGUCGUGCCGAAUCCAAACUGCUAGAGAUAAGGUUCGGGAAGCGAGGAGGAAGAGAAUAGAGGCGGCGUGGGGAGGAGUAGGAGGGAAGAGAUCGAUCCAUUCCGACGAUGGCGAGCAACCACAACCAGUUACAAAAGCAUCGCAACUCAAUGAAUCGGGGAAAUAUUCCUCUGCAUCAUCUUGUCUGACCGACACCACAUCUAGCCUGACGACUGGGAGGUCUUCAUCGAUCGGAGUGUCUCUGCUCUGUGUGGAGGACGAAGGGAUCGAGCCGGAGGGAUACGAAGUCGUAAUGACGGACGGACCACCCAAAGUUAUGUUGGAUUCUGAUUAUAUUGAGGAGAAGGAUCUUCAAUUAACUGGUGAAACAUUGGGAUCCUGGCAUUCAACUGAUGAAACAAUCGGAUGUUGGUCCUCCCCCUCGGAGGAGGAGGUGAUUGCGAAGCAUGAGAGAGCUAGAUAUGAAAGAGUCAGAAUUACCGCUGUUGAACAUUCGAGAAUUUGUUCUGAAUAUUUUCGAAAGCAUAAUGCCAGAUCUGGGAUCCUUAUCCCUCCUGGUAUGGAGAACCAGUACGAGGUGAUGACGCAGUACAGAAAGGAGAUCCAUGACACUAGGGGUUAUAUGGUGACCAUUGAUCCGGGUCGAGGCUUGGGUGAAACCAUCCUCCCGGUGCGUUUGAAUUGGGAUCCCAAAAACAAAAGGGAUGCGGACUGCCGUUUUAACCAAGCCAGAUUCCGCAACUUUGCUCAGGAAUGCAUCAAACUAUACAACAACAACAACAACAAAAAUGUUCAGGAACAAUCUCCCUACAAGUUUGAAAAGAUUGAGUAUGUCACUCAUCGUUGUUGUCCUCCUCGCCGUUAUCUGUUCUAUAUCACCUUCCAAGCUUCUCGAGUUGAUGACCCCAAAAGCAAGACCUUCCAAGCCGAGUGUGAAUAUAAUUACAGAGGUGAUAGGACAACAUUUCUACUUUGCGAGAGGAAAAGUGUGCUUGAAUCCCAAUGGAACGAGGAACGAGGAAAAGGUAUUCCUUGCCCACUCCCUUGCUGCACCAAGUAUAAGCUGCCAAAGAUACCGUCCUGGCGAACUGAGUUAAUGAUCUGGACCUGUGAGGAAAGCAUUGCACUAUACAACAAGCGCAAUUACCAGGGACCAAGAUACAAGUUUGAUAAGAUUGAACGUGCCGCUGCUCACAAUUAUCAUCCGGCCAAUACAUUGUAUUUUAUUACCUUCCAAGCGUCUUUGGUCAAUGAUUCUAGCAAAAUCGAGACGUUUCAAGCUGAGUGUGACCAUGUUUUUAAGUAUGAUAGUCGAAAGGUGGUUCUUUGUGAGAAGAAAAGUGUGCUUGAAUCCAAAUGCAAGGAGGAGCAAGCAAAAGGUCGUACUUGCCAACUUUCUUGUUGCAUCAUGGAUAAACUUAUAAAGAUGCCACUGUGA